AUGUCUGUGCACAUGCCUGCAGAGAUCCAACACUUCAGCUCUGGACUACAGGCAGAGGCAAACCACCAGACAGGUGAAGUAGCACAGGCUAGCGUCAAAGUCACUCUGCAGCUAAGGGUGAUCCUCCUGGCCCCAUCCCCCACGGGCAGGGAUUACGAGAAUGACAUUGUGCUGAUAACUUCAUGUCUAUCUUUCCUGUUUCCGUCAUAUCGUAAAUCUAGAGCUUUUGAAGAGAAGCGCAAAGAACAAGAAGAAAGAGAAUAUCAAAUUAGAGAGCGCAUCCUGCAACAGAGGAAACAGAAGUUGGAAUAAGUCACUGAAAAAUUCCAGCGUGCCCAUGUUCCUCUCUCUCAGAGAAGAGAGCAGAACAAUGACUGCAUGACUGGUGAAUUAGUAUCUGACAGGCAAAGAGAAAUACAGAGUUUUUCACAAUCAGUCCCUCCAUUGGAUGAGGCACUUAAACAAAUUCAAGAAUCCAACUUAAAAUCAGAAGUAAACAUUCCUCUUUACCACAGACCAGCAACAAAUUGGCGAGCUAUAGAUUCUGCCUUGCCUUCAGCGUUGUCUAAAAAUGAUUACAAACAUCAAAAAUACCUCGUACGCAGAAUUAACCAUGAUAAAGAAAUGCGGGAAAACAACAUAGCAAGCCUAGCUACUAACAAAAAUGUGUUCCAGCUUAAACUGGAGGAGACUCAGAAACUCCUAGAGAACCAGCAUUUAAGCAGUUUGCAAAAAUUCUGUGAUGAAGUUAAUCAGAUAACCAAUUCUGAAACUCUCUCGAGUGUAGACAGCCUUGAGGCUACAGAGCGGGAAGAGAUGUACUUAACACUUAGCAUGGCUCCUUCCACAUCAAGCCAGCAGAAUUCUGUUCCCCUCAAGUCGGCGAAUCUGCAGUCAGCUAAUCUAAACUGCUUUGAUGAAGACAACCUGUCAUUCUCCAAAACUCAGCAUAUAAACAAUUGGCUUACAAACUUAGAUGCUCAGAAUACUCAGCCUGUUGCAUCCUUUUCAGAUAUGUUCAGUAAAUCUAGUGUUCUGCCCUCGUGGGAAUGUUUGGCUAAUAAAGAACAGAAUCCACCUACUUUGAGCAGAGGCCAUGGAAGAACCACAGGAACUGCUAAUGACUCAGUGCUCUUGGUGUGCAGUCCUUCCGUAGUUGCUCUAGAUAAAAAAGGAGGAAACCCCUCUGAAAGUCACACUGUGAGGACCAGUGAUCCUGCUGAUGGGGCUCUCCAAAGGGAGAGGCCAUCAGGUGCCGAGAGCCCAACAUUUAAAGUCAGUAGAGCCUGGACUACUCCAGAAUCUCUGACCCAGGAAGCAGCUUCAUUUUCCAUCCAGAGAAACUGUCUGAGUUAACUCAGAAAAAUAGAACUGCUUCACUUUCUACUUUCAUUUGUCCCUGUUUUGUCACCUAAUUCACAGUCAGGUGGCCCUUUAUCAGAGAACAACACACGCGUGAAAGAGAUCGAUCCCGUGCAGUGUUCUGAUAAGUUAUAUGAAAUGAAAGAUGUGAAAUGUGAAAAGAUAAACUAUUUUAACUGUAAUAAGGAAAAGUUGUCUCUAUUUUCAGAAAAUUUCCAGGCCACCUACGCACCUCAAAAUUCUAAUUCAAAAGAUAGGAAACAAAAAGCAAGUGGGCCAUCAGCACCACUGUGUAACGUAACCCCUGACUGUGACUUGCUUGACCAGUACGGUGUGAAGCAUAGUGUCCACGAACAAAAUGAGGUGAGGCUGCCAAAGAGCAUAUUAAAGAAAGAAUCCAGAUACGAGCAUGAUUAUCUCAAGGCACUAGUUAUAAAUCAGGGUUUUAAGUUUAGACCACAAAAGGCAGAAGCUAUUAGAGAUAGUAUUGAAUUAACAAGACAGAAAGGGAAAGGUACAGGAACCCCAAAGACUAUCAAAAAGCUGCGGUGGCUUGACGAAAGUGGCAACGCAAGAGACUGUGUGGAUGAUGGCCACCCAAUGAUGACCAGGGAGGGGACGGCUCCACAGUGGUUACAGUAUUGUCACACCAGCAGUGGCACCUGCAGCCUAACAGCUGCUCCUGAUUGCCCUGUGCAUUCUGCUGCUGGAAAGAAGGCCACGGUGAUGUGUGUCUCCGAAAAUGUUACUGAUCUGGGAGGGUGUGCCGCAGACAGUGUGUCCUUGAACUCUUCUAUAUCUUCAGGCUAUAGCUUUGCUAAACAAGCCUGGUCAGCCUGCAGAAGAGUAGAGAACAAAGCCCCCUGUACAUGCUGGCCUAUACAUGCUGGUGACACUAAGACUCCAAAGUCUAAGGCCUCCAAGGGCGCAAAGGUGACUAGAAGAAUAGGAUCUGCAAAGGUCCAGACAAGCACUGUCAAUGUGAACAGAAAAGCCACUGUCAGCCAGCCACCAUCUUCAAACAAAGCCAACACGUUGGCCCAAACUCAGGGGAAGCUAAUUAUACCUCAUCCUUCGCCUAUACCACCCACAACAAAUACUAAAAGUAGUAACACUGUACAAGUGUCCCCAUGUCACUUAGCCACACCUGAACACUCCCAGAGCGUCAUGGCACAGAACUGUUUUAAGUUCAUGUGUGCUCUCCCAACAGAGUGCCGUUUGAACCAGUGGACUCAGGAAAGUCGCCUCCCGUUCUCAGAUGCCUGUUCUGACCUCCUCGCUUUGCCUCCAGCUCCACCAUCUUCUUACUCUCCAGAGUGCCAAGCCUCAGCCAAAGGAAACCAUUCAAAUGGCUCUCGCGAGCUCCAGCAAGACGGGACAGUAUGUUGUACCCAAAAAAGUCCUGUUUGUGAAGAGAGCUACCAGUCGUUGACUCCUAGAAACACCGAAGAAGAAUCAAUUUUCCCAUGGAGAAGAAGGAACCAUGGGUGCCAAAUGAGAGGGGCCACUGAUUCUGCUGUUACAAGAAGAAACAAGCUGCUUGAAAAUAGUGGAGAAAGCUUGUUAGAGCAGAAGAGAAAAGUCUCUGGAUCUGUAGGACAUUUUGGACAAACUGUUCAAAGUACAAGUGAGCCAAUACAAGCUACAAGAGGUCCCAAGACCGAUCUGACCAGCCCCGGGGCUGGGCGAGAGGAAAGGCGCAGCAGUAGUCUGCUGCAGAGUGCGAGAGGAGGGCGAGAGAAGACCUGCAGGUUCCCAGAGAACGGCUGCUGGAGCGGGGGCUGGGAUAACAGGAUGAGUGGGAAGGAAGCUUGGAGGAGAAGCUCAGGACCCAUGGAAGUUUCAGGCAGUACUUCUGAGUGUUCGGUACCAGAAAACCUCGUGAACUCUUCCAUGCCUGAGGAUGACAUUCUGACCACUGUAAACAGCAAGCAGCUACAGAAACCAAGUCUGUCCUCCAGUAAGCCCCAGCCGUCCAGUAUCUGCGCAGUGUCGGCUGAGGAAGAGAAGGUCUUGCAGUCCCUCCGCCGCCUCAAUGCAAGGCUGUAUUAUGUACAAGAAGCCAUUUUCAAAAACCCAUCCAUCAAAAAUACUUUCCAGUUAAUACCACUUCUGAACAACCAGCCACGGGCCAGGCCCUCUCCUGAUGUCGGAUCCAGAGUGCAAAGAAAAUACUGAUCAACUGUGACAGUCACUAUUUAGUGAAAUCUUUAUUUUUGAGAAUUCUGUAAAUAAAUUCUAUAUUUCUGCAUUUGUUAAUGAUUUUAAAUACUAGACUUUUAUGUUUAUAAAAGUAAAUCAUAAUAUAGUUAAUGGAAAUGAAUUUACUGGCUUAUAUUUA